UGUUUUGGAAACAGGCAUGCGCUGAAGCACAUGAAGGAAGGCAGUGCAAUCAUCAACACAACUUCAGUGACCGCAUACAAAGGCCACCUUCAACUGUUGGACUAUGCAUCCACCAAAGGCGCCAUUGUUUCCUUCACUAGAGCUCUGGCUCUUCAGCUUGCAAGUAAAGGGAUUCGAGUCAACGGUGUCGCCCCCGGGCCGAUAUGGACGCCAUUGAUCCCGGCAUCAUUCGAUAAUGAAGAUAUCGAAAGCUUUGGGAAUGAUGUUCUGAUGAAACGAGCCGGUCAGCCGAUCGAGGUUGCUCCAUCCUAUGUGUUCUUAGCUUGCAACCACUGUUCUUCAUACUUCACUGGCCAAAUCCUCCAUCCCAAUGGUGGUACACUUGUGAAUGGGUAACGUCCC